AUGGCUCAAGUCAAUGGAAACGCGCCUAAAAUCACCCUUUACACUAACCAUGGCUGCCCUUGGGCGCACCGCGCACAUAUUGUGUUGAAGGAAUUGGGUCUUCCAUAUGAGGAAGUCAUCAUCGACUUGGGCAAGCCGAGAGAGCCAUGGUACCUCGAGAUUAACCCACGCGGUCUUGUCCCUGCGAUUAACUUCAAUGGCGAAAUCAUUACAGAGUCUGGCGUCGUUGCAACAUUCCUAGCCGAUGCAUACCCUUCCCACGUGCUCCCAGCAUCAGGGUCCCCAGAAGCUGCCCUAACCCGGGCAAGAAUCAACUUCUUCGUCGACACCUGGUUCAGCAAGGCAGGAAGCUAUUUCUACAAGAUCUUGAUGUCAGGUUCCGAAGACGAGAAGGCGAAGCUGAGCCAGGAAUUCGUGGACGUCGUAGCCAAGGAGAUUGAGCCGCUGCUAAAGGACGCAAAGCCAUUUUUUGGUGGCAGCCAGAAGGUUACAUUGGCUGAGGCCCUAACGGCGCCAUUCAUCAUCCGGACCUAUGCCAUGGCCAAACACGACAUGCUCCCGAAAUCUGUCGCUUCUGGCCUUGACGCGCUGCCCAACUUCUCGAAAUGGGCUGCCGAAGUCAUCAAGCAGGAUAGCGUAACUUACAUCUGGGACGAAGAGGCAAUCAUCGAUGGCACGAGAAAGAGGAUUGAGAGCCAGAAGGCGCAGCAGGCAGCUUCCAAAUUGUAA